CCAGGACAGUCAUCUUGGGGAGACCCCGCCAGGAAGAUGGCAACCAACCCCAGGGACUGAGUGAGACCCACCAGCCUCGGCAAAUUAGAAGAGGCUUCAAAAAGACUUGGGUAACAGUUAACACUGACAAAUUAGACAGAAAAUAAUUCUCCCAUAACGGACUUUGUGGAACGGAGCGGCCUAUUUAAGUCAGUUUGGUUUCAGCUUAGAAAGAUUGUGUGAGACUUGCACAAGAUGGCACUGGUGUCUUCAUUCAUGGAUGUUUAACAAAACUGUGCUAUUUGUGGCCAGAACUGUCGAUGUAGUGUAGCUACACGCUGUCUGCUUGAGUUCAUUUGUAUGCACAUGAAAUGUCGGGAGACACCAGCACCCUGUCUUGGAGGAGCAUGUCUCCCACGGGCCAAUCUAAGACCCUGGACAUGUCCCCCACAGCAAUUGCCUGCGGGAGCAGCAUCUUUCCGGUGAAGAUUAUCAAAGUGUGUUUCCUCAGCAACAGUUUCAACCUCGGCAAGAACUUCAAACUGGUUCGGUGCGACGAAGGAAUGACAGUCAGGGAUGUCAUCAACAUUGUCCUGUCUAGUGGCCGCUUGGGUCCUGGCAUAAUACACACCCAGUGUUACGGUCUCCUUCUCAAGCACCUCAAGUCAUCUGAGAUACACUGGUUGCACCCGGACCUGACCAUGACUGAACUCACACAGCGUUAUGAACAGCAGCACCUGGAGGCCGAGUGGAGAUAUGACUUAAGGAUCAGAUACAUUCCAUCAGACUUCUUGGCAAAAUUCCAAGAGGACAGAACCACCAUGCUCUACUUUUACCAGCAGGUACGCAGUGACUAUAUGCAGAAGUUUGCCUCUAAAGUCAGUGAUGGGAUGGCUCUUCAGCUUGGUUGCCUGGAGAUUAGGAGAUUCUGCAAAGACAUGAAUCCAAAUGGACUGGAGAAAAAAUCCAACUUUGAGCUGCUAGAGAAAGAUGUGGGACUUGACUUGUUCUUUCCAAAAGAGCUUAUCAACAGUAUGAAGCCAAAGCAGCUGCGUCGCAUGAUCCGGCAGACAUUUCAAGGCUACGGCACUCUGGACCAGGAACAGUGCAUGGUCAAGUUCUUCAGCACGCUGGCUCAGUGUUACAGCUAUACACAGGAGAGAUUUGCCUGUCAGCUGGUGCAUGGUUGGCAUGUAACAAUAGACCUGGUCAUUGGAUCUGAAGGUAUCAGUCAGCAAACUGACAAUUCAACACCCGUCCGUCUGGCCACAUUCUCUCAGGUGAGCAGUAUCUCAUUCUCUGCAGAGAGUGAUGGCCGAGCUCUGCUCACUGUGCACAUAGAGGGCACCAAGCAGCCUCUGUCAGUGAGUACGGAGUCAAUGGCUGUAGCAGAAAACAUGGCCAACCUAAUUGAUGGCUUCUGUCAGAUCGAGUGCUCUCCCCCUCAGGGUUCGCUCAUGAGCAGGCCUAGAAAAGUGAGAUCGAAACUGCCUGACAUUCCAAAACACAUUGAUUCGAAUGGACCCAAUAGAGGUUCAGACAUUUAUGUUGAGAUUCCUGAGAAUACAACAGACCCAUGUGAGAAGCAUAGGAUCUCCCGAGCUGAUGUAAAUGUAGGUCAGAUCCUGGGUGAGGGUUUCUUUGGAGAGGUUCAUGAUGGUGUGUAUAAAAGCAAGACAGGCAAGACGAUCCAAGUAGCCAUCAAAACCUGUAAGGACUGCUCAGCAGAUGUGAAGGAAAAGUUUCUCAGUGAAGCUGGGCUGAUGAAAAAUUUGGACCACCCCCACAUUGUGCGCCUGAUUGGAGUAAUUAAUAUUGAUCCGGUCUGGAUUGUCAUGGAACUCUGUCAAUAUGGAGAGCUGGGGAAAUACCUGAAGGAGCAGAAAUAUAUCUUGACAACUGAAACAUUAAUCCUAUACUGUCUGCAAAUCUGCAAAGCCUUGUGUUAUCUUGAGGGCCUCAACAUGGUGCACAGAGAUAUAGCAGUGAGAAACAUCCUUGUGGCAUCUUCUGACUGUGUCAAGCUCGGUGACUUUGGUCUGUCUCGUUACAUCGAUGACCAAGAGUAUUACAAAGCAUCUGUUUCGCGAAUGCCAAUCAAGUGGAUGGCGCCAGAAUCCAUCAACUUUCGUCGGUUCACCAUUGCCAGUGAUGUCUGGAUGUUUGGUGUGUGUGUGUGGGAGAUCUUCUCCAUGGGCCAACAACCAUUCUUCUGGUUGGAAAAUGGACAGGUGAUCAUCCAGCUGGAGUCCGGCACCCGACUUCCCAAGCCGUUGUCGUGUCCGCCCAUUGUCUACUCUCUACUGACCAGCUGCUGGGCCUAUGAGCCGUGCAUCCGUCCCAGCUUCAGCCAUCUCAUGUGCUCCCUGAGGGACAUUCUCAAAAUUGAAGAGGCAGGAACACUUCACUGCAUCACUUCUAGCUCGCCACUGGACUAUGACCACUCUGAGCCUCCCCCAAAGCCGUCCAGAGUACCCCCCGACUGGUGCCAUAUCUCACAUGCUCAGGGAACCUGGGAUGUGCCAUUUAUGGAGAAAGAGCAAGAACAAAUUGAUGACACUCUACAAAAGCAAAAAAGAGAGAUGGUCGCGGAUAGACAGUGGCUAGAGCAGGAGGAGCAGCAACUGGAUCCUGCUGUGCGACAAGCCUCAAAUGCAAAGGUUUCAGUGAAAAAUCCAAUCUGAUGGUUCUCCACCAACAACCUCGGCGUCUCCUGACGUCACAUUGUGUUGUCCCACAGCUGAAUUGGACCGAUCAGAUGAUCAGGUUUACUCAAGUGUCAUGGCUCUAGUCAGACAGGUGGUGCAGCUGAAGAAUGAGGUCAACAUGCUGCCUGCCACAGAGUACCCCAACGCUGUCAGAGCGGUUGGUGUCACUCUGCGAAGCCUCAUCCAACACGUUGAUGAUGUCAUGCCUUCCCUGGACGGCUCAGUUGCAAACGAGAUCACAGGCACAAAGAAGCUGCUGAACAAGGAUUUGGGGGAGUUGAUCAAUAAAAUGAGAUUGGCCCAGCAGAACUCAGUGACAACGCUGAAACAGGAGUGCCAACGACAGAUGCUGGCUGCCGCACACACGCUGGCACUGAACUCCAAGAACCUACUGGAUGCAGUGGACCAGGCCCGUGCCAGGGCCAACCUGGUCAAGCAGAGACAGGAUGAAAACAGAUCAGGGGAUUAAGGGGUGGUCCACUAUUGUAGUCUUGAAUAUGAGGCCCAUAGUACAUUAAAAAAGAGGAGUAUGUGAUGUAGAAAUGAAGAUUUGUCUGAACUGAAUUUUAAUGUUUGAUUAAAAUUGGAUAUUACCACAAAA